AUGCCUCCAGCGCCCGAGCCUUACUUGUCCUUUCGCGGCGUUGCAGCCCCUGAGAGGAAGGAGCCGAGACAGGAGCAGGCGAAUGAGGAAAUCAGUAGUGCCGAAUUCGAGACUAUUUGUAGCAAGGUCUCUGCUUUGGGUGAUUUUGUGGACACGGACGCGAUUAUUCCCGCCGCGUUCAUCAUGGAGAGCCCAACCGACGUCCUGCUUGGCAGUCACUGCCUGGAGUUAACCCACCCUGAGUUUCGCGACCAGGUUCGGGCCGGAUGGGACGUGGUUGUUGCUGGCAAAGCCUUCGGCUGUGGUUCAUCGCGUGAAGAAGCGCCACGUGCUUUGAAAGGUCUCGGCGUGAAAUGUGUGAUUGCACGUUCCUUCUCCUUCAUAUAUGGGCGUAAUCAACCCACUAUCGGUCUCUUGGGCCUCACCAUCACCGACGACGACUUCUAUGCAUCGGCCCAAACUGGAGUUGAUAUUGAGAUCAACCUUCCCCGUCGACUGGUCACCGUGGGCGGACGGUCGUACCCGUUCGUGCUUGAUGAGAUGGAGUUGGCCUUAAUUCAGCAACGGGGACUCGCGGCAGCGUACAAGAAGUUUGGCAAGGCCGUGUUCCAGUCGCUCUGUGACGAUCAGUUGUCGGAGACGGUAUCAGCAUCAGAGCUGGCCGAGAUGCACCUAGGGGGCCGUCAGAAAGAUCUGGGAAAUAGGGAGGUGCUCGCGUGGUGA